AUGGCUCCCAGAAAACGUAACCGUCAACCAGAAAGUGAAAGCGAAGAAGACAAAGUGGUGGGCGGCGAAGAACUGGAUUAUGAAGACGAUCUUGAAGCCGCUGCUGAGUGGGAACGAAAACGAAUGAAGAAACCCGGAAAGAUUGGGGCAAUUGCAGAGUCGGGAGUUUUAGAUACGAUCGAGCUCGUGAAUUUUAUGUGCCAUAAAUUUGUUAGAGUUAAAUUCGGACCGAAAAUUAAUUUCAUUAUCGGGCAUAACGGAAGUGGCAAGAGUGCCAUAUUGACAGGAAUUACUGUUUGCCUCGGGGGAAAGGCUAAUAUGACAAAUCGAGCUACCAACCUAAAAUCAUUGAUUCGUGAGGGUGCAAGGCAUGCAUAUCGUCAUGAUGUCUAUGGCGACACAAUAAUAAUCGAACGUCGUAUAACGCGCGAAGGCACAAACGGCUACAGAAUCAAAAACUCUGAGGAAAAAUUGAUAUCAACAAAACGUGAGGAAUUGACUGCCAUUUUGGAUCAUAUGAUGAUUCAGGUGGAUAACCCGAUGAAUGUUUUGUCGCAGGAUUCUGCGAGGCAGUUCUUGCAUUCAUCGAGUCCUGAGGAAAAAUAUAAGGGCACACAAUUGACCCAAUUGAGUGAAGACUAUGAGCUGAUACGAGACAGCAUAAAUACCUCACAACGAAUAAUAAAAAAAAAAAAAGAAAUACUUCCUGAAUUGCAUCGUGCCGCUAAGGAUGCUGAAGACCGAUACAAAAACAUGCAAAAGGCUCGUGAACUUGAAUUGAUUUUAGACAAAUUGAAGAACGAGAUGGCUUGGGCUCAAGUUGAAGAAGUAGAGCAAGUCGUUCAAGAAGCGGAAAAUAAGCGAAAUAAUUCGGAGAAACGUGUUAAUACCACUCGGACAAAAUUUGAUGAAGCGAAUCAAAAUUUACAAGAAAUCAGCCAGGAGAAUGAAGAAAGAGAAAUCAACGAAACAAUCAUACGACUCCGCGAAACCGUUAAUCAACAUCAACAAAAAAUCGAAGAAGAAACCCGAAAACUCGAACUCCUCAACGGCGGUCAAAAACUUGAAGAAGCACGUGCGGAAAUCGAAGAAAAAGAGAAAGAAGUGAGCGAACUCAAAUCGAAACUAGAAGAACGUCGAUCUGAUGUACGAGAGGCCGAGGAAGCGAUAGCGCACGCACAACGGCAAAAAGAUUUGCUUGGAGAAAAUCUUCAUCUUACUUCGACGGAAAUAGGGCGUUCGAGAUAUUUGUUGGAGCAGUUGCACGAGAAAAAGGAGAACCGGUUAAAAGUGUUUGGGUAUAAUCUUCCGCAGGUGGUCGAUGCGAUUAAUCGUGAGACACGGUUUGUGCAUAAACCUGUUGGACCGCUCGGGAUGUAUGUGCAGUUGCUUCGUCCGGAAUGGGCUAAAGCAGUGGAAUCUAUUAUUGGAAGUACUAUGGUUGCUUUCUCUGUGCAAAAUCAUGCUGAUCGUAAUUUGCUGAGUGAAAUUAUGAAAAGAUAUAAUUGUAAAUCCCCAAUCAUUGUUGGUACUGAUGAUCCGUUCGAUUAUACUAAUGGUGAACCUUCACCACAGUUUCUCACUAUUCUUCGAGUCUUACAGUUUGAUUCCGAACAAGUUAAACGCGUCUUCAUCAACGACAAAAGUAUCGAAAGUACGAUUCUCAUAGAGAAUAGAAGUGAAGCUGAUGAAAUUAUGUAUAAUCAUGGUAGAGGAUAUCCACAUAAUGUUUCCGCUUGUUACACUAUUGAUGGAUUCAAAAUUGGCCAUCGAGGCGGCGGGUAUUCAACACAGGCAAUGCGGAUAUAUAACGGCCCCUCGAGAUUUACAACUGAUAUCGAAAAUGAAAUUCGAGAAGCACAAACGAAAUUAAAUGAAGCUAUUAACACAAAUGAGCAAUAUAAGCAAGAAAUGAACAGAGCUGAAGACGAGUAUAAAAGAUUGGUGAAUCGAAAAGAAUCGUUAAAGUCGGGGACUCGUGAAUUAUUCUAUCGUGUGAACAGACUGGAAGGUCAAAUUCAGCAAAUGAGAGAUCGCUUACAGCAAUAUGAACCUGCAAAUAUUGCUGUUUUGGAAGAGGCUAAGAAGGGGGCUGAAAACGAAAUCGAAAUGUACAAAAAUCAAUAUACUCAUAUUGAAAAUCAACGUAAAAAAAUAAACGAAGAACAACGCCCCUUAAUUCUUGAAUUUGAGUCUGUACAUCGACGACUGUCAGAAUUAGCAACUGAACAUGAAAAGAUCAAGAUACGAUUUGAAGAAAAAGUGACUCUUCGAAUGGAAAGCGAGAAUGUCAAGAAUCAUUGGGAAUUGAAAUUGGCUAAAGAACAAAAAGAACUUGAUGCCUUUGAGUCACAGUUAGCUGAGCUACAUGAAAAAUUGGAGGAAACGACAAGACAGGCUGAAUCGUAUUGCGCGGAGCGAGUUCAAGUAACAAUGAAGCCGAACGCUCUAGACCGUAAAAUUAGGAGCAUUCAAACGAAAUUACGCGAACGAGAAAAAGAACAAGGUGCAAGUUUGGAAGAAAUCGCAUCAGACUUGCAAACCAAGCGAGACACAUAUAAACAAGCACUUGCAGAAAUAGCAAAUAUGGAUUCCUUUAUUGAGGAGUUGAAAUACUCCCUUAAGCUCCGUAUGAGAAAUUUAGAGGAAUUUAGAACCUUUAUCGCGAUAAGAGCCAAACAGUGUUUUCAGUAUCAACUCUCAAAACGUGGGUAUACAGGCAAAUUAUUGUUUGACCAUCAAGAACGCACGUUGAAUCUUCGGGUGAAUACAGAAGUUCAAGUAGAUGAUCAAACAGAAACUGCCACCGAAAAAGAUCCAAAAUCUCUUUCUGGCGGCGAAAAGUCCUUUUCCACUAUUUGUCUGUUGCUGGCUCUUUGGGAAGCUAUGGGAUGUCCGAUACGAUGUCUUGACGAAUUUGACGUGUUCAUGGAUGCGGUCAAUCGUCGAAUCUCGAUGAGAAUGAUGAUCGAGACUGCACGAGAAUCCGAUUGCAUUCAGUACAUUCUAAUCACACCGCAAGACGCGAGCAGCGUUUCCCCGGGUCCUGACGUUUUUGUCCACAGACUUCACGAUCCAGAAAGAGGACAGGGAACAUUAAUCGCUCAUAAUCUUAAUGAGGAUGAAUAA